AUAUAACCCAGACCCAGUGCUGUCAGGUCAAUUCAACUCACAGCGACCCUAUAGGACAGAGCAGAACUGCCCCAUAUAUAUGUGUAUACAUAUGUAUAUAUAUAUGUAUGUAUGAAAACCCUGGUGGCGUAGUGGUUAAGUGCUACGGCUGUUAACCAAGAGGUCAGGAGUUUGAAUCUGCCAGGCGCUCUUUGGAAGCUCUAUGGUGCAGUUCUACUCUGUCCUAUAGGGUCGAUAAGAGUCGGAAUUGACUUGACAGUUUGGGUUUUUUUGAUAUAUGUAUAUAUAUGUGUAUUUAAUAAGGUUUCCGGACAGACGUGACAAAAAUGGUCUAUCUUGGACUGGAAUUUGAGCAUUUUUAUUUUAAAAGCUGAGAAGGGGAGGAGGCAGUACUUGACUAACAGAAUGUCUUUUUAAUGAGAUACCUGGGUGAAAGAGAAAUUUUGUGUCAGGGGACCUUUUUCGUUGUUGCCUUGAUGUGAUUCAAAUUGAUUUGGAGCAAGUUUCUUAAUUUCUGUGCUUUCCCAUUACACAACUCUGGAGGCACCAUUUACUCUGAAGUCCAUGCAAAUAGGACCCCUCAGGUUCUACACAUGGAACAUCUGUCUAUAAACCAGAGGCAGUAACAAUCUAUCAGGAUUGUCAAAGGAGAUAAAGAUGGUCGCUUAGGUAACAGCACCUAGCACAAAAACAGAAAUUCGUUAGUUGUUCCGUUAACAUUAUACAGACUUGUGUUGCCAGGUUUCGUUUUACUAGCAUUAGUCAAAACCCAAAAACCAAACCCAUUGGCGUCGAGUAGAUUCCGACUCAUAGCAACUUGAUUAUUUAGUUUCUGGUUGGUAUAUUUCCUCUUUCCUGACUUUCCUCACUCUUUGAGAAGGAAAGGUCGUUGAUGGUCUGUGGGUUAUUCAAGUUUUAGGUAAAGAGAAGAGCCUUAUUAUUAUUGAAGAUGUUAUUAUUGUUUAGGUGGAAGUUUACAGAGCAAAUUAGUUUCCCAUUCAAAAAUUUAUACACGGCUUGUUUUAUGGCAUUGGUUGCAAACCCCUGAAGGUGUUAGCACUCUUCCACCUUCCUUCCUGUGUUUGCUUGUCCAUUCGUCCAGCUUUCCUGCCCCUACCAUCCUUCUGAACUUUGCUUUUGGGCAGAUGCUGCCCUUUAAGUCUCAUAUAGUUGAUUGUUCUGAGAUGUACGUUCCUCAUUGCUAUUGUUCAUUUUAUAGUCCUGUUGUAUGGCUAUAAUAUGGUCUCCGGGAGUGAUUUCAGUUCUGAGUUUGAAGGGUGUCUAAGGGCCAGUCUUGGCGGUUCACACCAAUCUACCAGACCACUAAGUCUGGUCUUAUUUAUGAGUUUGAAUUUUGUUCUACAUUUUUCUCCCACUCUGUCCAUGACCUAAUAGUGUGGUCCCUGUCAAAGAGUUCAGUAGUACUCGCUGGGCCCCGUCUAGUUCUUCUGGCCUCAGGCUGGUGGUGGGCAUGGACUAAUUAUUUCCUUGAGUCUUUGGUUUUCUUCACUCUUUGCUCUGGACGGAUGUGACCAAUUGUUGUAUCUUAGAUGGGCACUUGAAAGCUUUUAAGACCCCAGUCUCUACUCAUCAAGGUAGGAUGUAGAACAUUGUCUAUAUGGAUUAUGACAUACCAAUUGACCUAGAUGUCCCCCAAGACUAUGGUCUCCAGCCCGGGAGGUGUAUGGUAUAGCUAAGAAAUUUUUGUGACUGUGUCCCCUGUGUGCACAAUCCAUACAUGGGUAUGUUUGUGGCAUGUACACAUGUAUAUGUACAUGGGUGUACUUUCAUAUGCACUCCUUCCCCUGUUCAGCUUACAUAUCUACCUGUGUAUCCACCUGUAUGUUACUGUUCGUCAUUACUGUUGUUGCAGGAUUGUAUAUGUAUUAUAUUUACUAUUGUUGCCUUUUUACUUUUGCGUAGCUUUCAAUGUCUUCCUUCACCUUGGUUAUGUUGUGCUGACUUCCCCCAUAUAGUGUAUUUUCUCUCCCUUCACCAAAAUUUGUGUGUGCCUACUAUCUAGUUAGUAGUUUUUCCUCCUAUACCCUCCCCCUCCGCACAUCCCUGUAACCAUCAAAGAAUGUUUCUGUCUGUGUGAAAACCUUUUCUUAACUGCUUAUAAUAGUGGUCCCAUACAAUGUUUGUCCUUCUGCGAUUGGCUUACGUCAUUCAGCAUAAUGUCCCCCAGGUUCAUCUAUGUUGUGAGAUGUUUCACAGAUUUGUUGUUACUCUUUAACAUUGCGAUGUAUUCCAUUGUGUGUAUGUACCACAGUUUGUUUAUCCAUUCAUUCAUUGUUGUGCACUUAGGCCGUUUCCAUCUUUUUGCUAUUGUAAAUAAUGCCGCAGUGAACAAGGUUGUGAAUAUGUCUAUUCAUGUCAGGGCUUUUAUUUCUCUAGGAUAUAUACCUAGGAUCAUAUGGUGUUUUUAUUCUUAGGAUCAUAUGGUGUUUUUAUUUCUAGGAUCAUAUGGUGUUUUUAUUCCUAGAUUUUUAAGGAAACGCCAUAUCAUUUUCCACAGUGAUUGUACCAUUUUACAUUCCCACCAACAAUGUACGAGAGCUCCCAUCUCCCUACAGCCUCUCUGGCAUCUGUCGUUUUCUGUUUUUUUUGAUCAGUGCCAUUCUUACCAGUGUGGGAUGGUAUCUCAUUAUAGUUUUGAUUUGCAUCUCUCAAAUGGCUAAUGAUUGCGAGUAUCUCUUCAUGUAUUUGUUGGCUGCCUGGAUGUCUUCUUUGGUGACGUGUCCAUUCAUGUCCUUUGCCCAUUUUUUAACUGGAUUGUUUGUGUUUUUGUUGUUGAAUUGUUGGAGAUGUCUAUAAAUUUGAGAGAUUAGACCCCUUGUCAGAUAUGUUGCAGCCAAAAAUUUUUUCCCAGUCUGUGAGUUUCAUUUUACUUUUCUGGAAAAGUCUUUCGAUGAAUGUAAGUAUUUGAUUUUCAUGAUGUCCCAAUCGUCUAGUUUAUAUUCUGUUGUUUGCACUUUUUUAGUUAUGUUUCAUGGUCUAUUUAUGCUGUGAAUUAGGGCUCCUAGAUUUGCCCUUAUUUUUUCUUCUGUGAUCUUUAUGGUUUUAGGUUUUACAUUUAGGUCUUUCGUCUGUCACGUGUUAGAUUUUGUGUAUGGUGUGAGAUAUGGAUCCAGUUUCAUUUUUAUGCAAAUGGAUAUCCAGUUUUGCCAGCACCAUUUGUUAACAAGGCUAUCUCUUUCCUAUUUAAUGAUCUUUGGCCCUUUGUCAAAGAUCAGCUGACCAUAGGUGGAUGGAUUUAUUUCUGGGUUCCCAAUUCUGUUCCAUUGGUCUAUGUGCCUAUUCUUGUACUAGUACCAGGCUGUUUUGACUACCGUGGCUAUAUUAGAAGCUCUGAGAUUGGGAGUGUGAGCCCUCCUACUUUGUUGUUGUUCUUCUUCAGGAGUGCUUUACUUAUUCAGGGCCUCUUUCCUUUACAUAUAAAGUUGAUGAUAGUUUUUUCCAUAUUUAAAGAAUGUUGUUGGACACACAGUACAGGAGAGGUCAGCACAACUGGACUAAACCAAAAGCAAAAAAGUUUCCUGAAUAAACUGAACACUUCAAAGGCCAGCAUAGCAGGGUCAGGGGUUUGGGGACCAUGGUUUCAGGGGACAUCUAGGUCAAUUGGCAUGAGAAAAUCUAUUAAGAAAACAUUCUGCACCCCAUUUUGGAGGGUGGCGUCUGGGGUUUUAAACUCUAGCAAGUGGCCAUCUAAGAUGCAUCAAUUGGUCUCAACCCACAUGGAGCAAAGAAGAAUGAAGAAUGCCAAAGACACAAGAUAAUUCUAGACAAUUUACGACUCUGAAAAUGUUCCCCUUGGAGGAUGCUGAAAUGGGUGCUUUUACCUUCUUUGCCUCAGCCCUGCCACAUGAUGUUUGUGGAAGCAAUGGGCUUCCUCUCACACCAAAUUCCAUUAAAAUUUUGGGGCGCUUUCAAAUCCUCAAGACCAUUACCCAUCCCAGACUGUGCCAGUAUGUGGAUAUUUCUAGGGGAAAACAUGGAAAAUAUAUGUGAAUUUUCUAAAAUAAAUAUAAUUCGGAGACAUGAAAGCUACACCGCAGAGAGACUGGUGGUGGUGGCUGAACACUGUGAACAGAGUUUGGAAGACUUGCUUCGAGAAAGGAAACCCGUGAGCUAUUCGAAGGUUUUGUGCAUAGCAUUUGAGGUACUUCAGGGCUUGCAGUAUAUGAACAAACAUGGUAUAGUACACCGUGCACUGGCUCCUCAUAAUAUUCUUUUGGACCGAAAGGGGCAUAUUAAAUUGGCUAAAUUUGGACUUUAUCACAUGACAGCUCAUGGUGAUGAUGUUGAUUUCCCAAUAGGGUAUCCAUCAUACUUGGCACCCGAGGUAAUUGCACAAGGAAUUUUCAAAGCCACUGAUCAUAUGCCAAGUGAAAAACCAUUACCUUCUGGUCCCAAAUCAGAUGUAUGGUCUCUUGGAAUCAUUUUAUUUGAGCUUUGUAUGGGGAGAAAAUUAUUUCAGAACUUGGAUAUUUCUGAAAGACUAAAAUUUUUGCUUACAUUGGACUGCGUAGAUGAUACUGUGAUAGUUCUGGCUGAAGAGCAUGGUUGUCUGGACAUUAUAAAGGAACUGCCUGAAAAUGUGAUAAAUCUUUUGAAGAAGUGCCUCACCUUCCACCCUUCUAAAAGGCCAACCGCAGGUGAAUUAAUGCAGGACAAGGUGUUCAGUGAAGUGUCACCUUUAUAUACACCCUUUAUGAAACCUGCUGGUCUGUUUUCAUCUUCUCUGAGAUGUGCUGAUUUAACUCUACCUGAGGAUAUCAGUCAGCUGUGUAAAGAUAUCAACAGUGAUUAUCUGGCAGAAAGAUCUAUUGAAGAAGUUUAUUACCUUUGGUGUUUGGCUGGAGGUGACUUGGAGAAAGAGCUUAUCAACAAGGAAAUCAUUCGAUCCAAACCACCUAUCUGUACACUCCCUAAUUUCCUCUUUGAAGAUGGUGAGACCUUUGGGCAAGAUCGAGAUAGAAGCUCACUUUUAGAUGAUACUACUGUAACAUUGUCAUUAUGCCAGCUAAGAAAUAGAUUAAAAGAUGUUGGUGGGGAAGCAUUUUACCCAUUACUUGAAGAUGACCAGUCUAAUUUACCUCAUUCAAACAGCAAUAAUGAAUUGUCUGCAGCUGCCACUCUCCCUUUAAUCAUUCGAGAGAGGGACACAGAGUACCAGCUGAACAGAAUUAUUCUCUUUGACAGGCUACUAAAGGCUUAUCCAUAUAAAAAAAAUCAAAUCUGGAAAGAAGCAAGAGUUGACAUUCCUCCUCUUAUGAGAGGUUUAACCUGGGCUGCUCUUCUAGGAGUUGAGGGGGCUAUUCAUGCCAAGUAUGAUGCAAUUGAUAAAGACACUCCAAUUCCUACAGAUAGACAAAUUGAAGUAGAUAUUCCUCGUUGUCAUCAAUAUGAUGAACUGUUGUCGUCACCAGAAGGUCAUGCAAAAUUCAGGCGUGUAUUGAAAGCCUGGGUAGUAUCCCAUCCUGAUCUUGUGUAUUGGCAAGGUCUUGACUCACUUUGUGCUCCAUUCCUAUAUUUAAAUUUUAAUAAUGAAGCCUUGGCAUAUGCGUGUAUGUCUGCUUUUAUUCCCAAAUACCUAUAUAAUUUCUUCUUGAAAGACAAUUCACAUGUGAUACAAGAGUAUCUAACUGUGUUCUCUCAGAUGAUUGCAUUCCAUGACCCAGAGCUGAGUAAUCAUCUCAAUGAGAUUGGCUUUAUUCCAGAUCUUUAUGCCAUCCCUUGGUUUCUCACCAUGUUUACCCAUGUAUUUCCACUACACAAAAUUUUUCACCUCUGGGACACCUUACUACUUGGGAAUUCUUCUUUCCCAUUCUGUAUUGGAGUAGCAAUUCUUCAACAGCUGCGGGACCGGCUUUUGGCUAAUGGCUUUAAUGAGUGCAUUCUUCUCUUCUCCGAUUUACCAGAAAUUGACAUUGAACGCUGUGUACGAGAAUCAAUCAACCUGUUUUGUUGGACUCCUAAAAGUGCUACUUACAGACAGCACGCACAACCUGCAAAGCCAACUCCUGAUAGUGGAGUCAGGAGUUCAGCAUCUUAUUUCUCUACUGAGUGUCCAGAGCCUCCAAAGACAGAUCUGUCAAGGGAAUCCAUUUCGUUAAAUGACCUAAAGUCAGAAGUUUCACCCCGGAUUUCAGCAGAGGACCUGAUUGACUUGUGUGAGCUCACAGUGACAGGCCAUUUCAAAACACCCACCAAGAAAACAAAGUCUGGUAAACCAAAGCUCCUGGUGGUUGACAUCCGGAGUAGUGAAGAUUUUGUUCGUGGCCACAUUUCAGGCAGCUUUAAUAUUCCAUUUAGCGCUGCAUUCACGGCAGAAGGAGAGCUUACCCAGGGCCCUUGCACUACUGUACUCCAGAGCUUCAAAGGGAAGGUCAUUGUCAUCGUGGGGCAUGUGGCAAAGCACACAGCAGAGCACCCAGCUGUCUUCACUCAAGUCACUAAUAUCUCAUGCCUGACAUACUACAAGAGCCUCCCCACUGUCCCUGCCUGCAAUCUCCCUUCCUGCAUGUCUACUCUACAACUAAAUUUGCAGCUCAUCUUGUGAAGAUGAAAUAUCCAAGAAUCUGUAUCCUAGAUGGUGGCAUUAAUAAGCUGAAGCCAACAGGCCUCCUCACCGUCCCAUCUCCUCAAAUAUGAAGAACCAAGAGUAUGACUGUCGAAAGGAUAAAAGGGCCUGAGCACCCAGCAGCACCACUCUUCACAGCCAUGCCACUCUAAGACAGGACAAGACAGCCAGAUUGUUGCAUUUCAGUAAAGCUUUCCUGUGAGACAUUUAUAUUUUAACUCUUGUGACCCAAAUGUUCAGCUAUCCAGGCAACAAACUUGACUGUACAUGUAUUGCUGAAAGAAUUUUCUUAGCAGUGAAAUCCGAUCAUGUAUUUUUACCACACUGCCACACAAAGCCAGAGGAAUUCAACUGACAAGGUAGAUUUAACAUUAUCAAGAAAUCCCAGUUGCACUGAAAAAACUGCCCUCCAUUGCACUGAACAGACAGUCCUAACAAAGGUAUUGUUUAGAAUUAGAGAGUGAAUGUGGGCUGGGAUCAUCUUCUUUCCGUGAUAAUGUAAAGUAAAAAGCUAUUCACAGUACAUUCCUGAUUAAUAAAUGCUAUAUUUGGUAACUAACUUUGGGCUUAGACAAGGGGUGUGUGUGUGUAUGUGUGUGUGUGUGUGUGUGUUUAGAGGAAAGAGUUAUGCCCAUUGCAGAAAGUUAGGUAAUAGGUUACCUCCAGAAAAAAUGAACAUCAGAAACCAUUUAUAUUAGACAGAAUAUUUGUUCAGCUCCUGUAGCAGAGAAACCCAAAAUAAGAGUGGCUUAAACAAACUAGAAAUGUAUUUCUCUCUCACAUAAAAGUCUGCAUAGUCAAUCUAGGAUCUAGGCCUAGUAUAUUGGUUUCAUAACCAUUAAGAAAUUGGGUAUCUUGUUGCUUCAUCACACUCAAUACGUGGCUUCCAACUCAUGGAUAAAGAUGGCUGCUCAGUUCCCACCAUCUCAUCUACAAACUAGAAUGAGGGAAGGUGGAAGGGGUAAAAGAAAAGAAAGGAAAAAUAUAAGGAAGAAAAAAGCAAGGAAGGACGAAGCGAAGGAGAGGGCAUCCUCCUUCCCUUUAAAGGCACAAACCAGUAGUUCCACACAGUACUUCUGCUUGCACACAGAAUUUAGGCAUGUGGCCACAUCUAGCUAGCUGCAAGGAACACUAAGAAUGUAAUCUUUGGCUUGGUGGCCCCGUACGCAGCUAACAGCCCUGUGACCAUAUGAGAAGCAGAGAAUACAUAUUAAGAAACAGCUAGCAGCCUCUGCUACAUCGUUCUCAAAAUGAAGUACUCUACCCACUGAAUUGACACCACUAAGACACGUCACCAUUUUGUUUCACAAAAAAUGAAAAAAUGCAGACAAAUAAAAUGUGACAUACCAUAAAUUAUACAGUGCAUGUCCAUUUCAGAAAUGUGAAAAAAAUAUGCAUCUUAAAAUUAUUGAAAAACAGUAUAUAUUUUUUACUAUAUUCAAUUUGCUCUAACUAAAAAGCAUUCAUUCAUCUUUAAUUUGUAUUCCUCUUCAGUCUAGGACUACCUAAGCAGACAUUUCAAUGAAAAGCCUCAACUUUCUGGGCCAUGGUUUUGUUGUUUUUAUUGCUGUCAUUUGUUUUGUUUUGUUGCAUCUAUUUUUUUAUUGAGAUAUAUCUCACAUACUGUACCAUAAAAUUCACCCUUUUAAAGUGUACAAUUCAAUGGUUUUUACUAUAUUCACAAAUUUUUGCAACCCUCACUAUGAUUCCAGAACAGUUUCAUAACCCAAGAAAGAAACUCUGUACCUAUUAGCAGCCAUUCCCCAUUACCUAUCCCAAGGUCUUUCUUUGAUUUAAUUUUUGUAUAUGGUGUGAGAUAGGUGUUCAACUUCAUUCUUUUGCAUGUGAAUAUCCAGUUGUUCCAGGAGCCAUGUUGCUUUAUCUGAAUUAUUCAAAUAAAUUAUAUUCAACAAAUAUGCUUUAAAUAACCUACAAUGCACAAAAACACUCAUAUAACUAAAGGUUUUAUCAUUCUGUGACUCGUACACAAUAUACAAAGAAAAAAUGUGAGAAUUAAUGAGAAAAUAAAAUUUUACCAAGAUUUCUCUAGUAUCAUUUUUGGGCCAUUAUCUGCACUAAUUUGGGAAAUAUUUACUCCUCCUGCCCUGUCAAUUACUAUUUUUUUCUUCAGUCUUUGGUUACUUACCUAACUCCAUAGUCAGAAUGCAGCCCUGAAGGCCAUUUUGAAAAGAGUAGUUCUGAGUCUUAACUGCUUACUGCCGACAGAAGAGGAGAGUGAUAGAGGGGAGGGGGUUUAAUUGAAAGAGGUGGUAGAUAGGAAGAGGGGAUGAAGACACGAGUGUUGUGAGGAGAGCUGUAUGGGAAGGUAAUUGUAGGCAACCUCUAAACUGUUUUGCAUUUGAUCUUUCUCAAAACUUAAUACCUUUAGGCUUAUUUUUUUAAAAUGGACAUUUUUAAGACAUGCAAAUUAUAAGCAAUAUUUAAUAUUCUCAACAGUAAAAUAAGAGCACAUCAUCACUGCCACGUUUAUAUGCAGUGCAUGGUAUUCCAUGGCAGAUGACCUCGACAACGUUAAUCUCAACAACUAUUUGCUGAAUAAAUAAUCAUGAUUUAUAGAGGUACUUUUAACAUAUUACUGAUCGCUGCACUAUUAGUACUGUGUGUUUCUGACAUCAGCAAUCUGUUCCCUCUAUUUGGAAUGCCUUACUAUCACCACCAACCAGCCCCAUACACACAUACACACACACACACACAUUCAUUCAUUUUUCAUAAUCCAGCCCCAGUUGCAUCUCCUCCAGCACAUCUCUGACUUUCCCGUGCUUCAAUAAGUGUCUCAAAUCUAUCAAAGCAUUCCAUUCAUACUGCUAUUAGACAUAUCGCUUUGCAAUUGUCUCUUCACUUCUAGGUCCAGUAUUAAAAUAUGUUACUUUAAGGUCAGGGGCCAUAAGUUAUUCCACUCGUCUUUAGCAACUCAAUACAUUGGAGGUGCUCAAUAAAUGUAAAAUCAAAUGGAAACUCUAGCUGCAGGUACCUUCAGCAUCUUUUUUAGGAUCUGUAUGAAUGGAGAAAAAAUUAAAACAGGCUAUGGUAAGUUUUUGCAAGGGCCAAGGUUUAUCUGGUAUCAAUGGUGCAUAAAUAAAUUAGAAUCUCAAUUCACUGGGUGAAGAAAGAAUCUCUAAAGUUCCAUCCAGCUCUAAAAUUUUAUAAUUCUAGAAGUUGGAACAGAUGACUUCCUAUAACAUGUAAUCUAAGCUAGUUAUAUCCCCCCUCCAAAAUAUGGAAGUGCUUGAUUAAAAAAUAUAUAUAAAAAGUGUCUAAUACUUAACCAAGGUUCAGAUAAAGGAACAGAAAUCCCUUGAUGUCAGAAAUGAAGAGGAACUGAACGUCACAGCUACCUGGCAAUCAGAUAUCGAUAUAAGCCCUAGGAACUGGGAUUUUAAUAGGCACACAAGAAUAGAAGACAUACCAUUGGUCUUCUGGGUAGGGAGUUGGAAUUAAACUACUUUGAAAAGUGGCAUUCUCAAAAACUUUGCUUCAUGAAAUGACUAAAAGUAACUUCCUAAAUCAGGGGAAGCCACAGAGGAAAUGGCCAUCAAACUGGCAUUUCAAGUGACAAAAAACAAAUCUCCUGUUGUAGAUAUAUGGAGGUUUCAGUGGACAGCUGAAUAAGUCCCCAAAUUAGAACAGGAUUUAGGGGGUGUGUUCAUCUGACUAUUUAAAAAUGAAGCAAUGAAUUAUACAAAACUUUUAGAAAGCAUCGAUUGUGCCAGAUCAUUGUUCUACUCCUCUGUUUUCCUCCCUAAAUAAUUGCACACCCCCAAAAAGUACUUCUUUGGAGAUUAAUAUCAAAAUUAUACGUAAUAGAACAAAGGCAAAGAACCACAUGCUUGUCUCAGUCUGCACAGAAAAGGUAUUUGACAAAAUCUAACACCUUUUCAUGAAAAAACAUUCACUGAAGCUAGGAAUAGAAGGGAAAUUUCUCAAUAUGAUAAAGGGUAUUUAUGAAAAACCCACAUGUAGCAUCAUACUCAAAGGAGAAAUACUGAGAGCUUUCCCCUUAAGACCAGGAACAAGACAGGAAUGCUUGCUCUCAACACUGUUACUCAGUAUUGUACUGGAGUUCCUAACCUGAGUAAUUAGACAAGGAAAAGAAAUAAAAGGUAUCCAAAUCUGGGAAGACAUAAAACUAUUCCUUUUCACACAUAACAUGAUCCUACAUAUAAAAAAAAAAAAAAAAAUUUUUUUUA